AUGUCGGAAACCUCUUCGUAUUUGGCAGAGGCUAGAGAAGCUUUCAAUUUGGCAUGUCCCAGUAAAGAGCCGGUAUCUUUGUUUUCUCAAAGACAAUGGGAUGACGCACUUUGUGCGAAUGUUUUGCAGGAGUUGAUAAAUUCAUCAACUUCUGCAAAGGACCGCGCGCGUCUCCUCGCAGUGUCUACGAGAGAAUCAAGCUACUGGCUUCAAGCUCUCCCUUCAAAACAUAUCGGCACUCUGUUAGACCACCUAACACUUACCAUCACGGUUGGUCUUCGGCUUGGCGCUAGGAUUCAGCAGCCACAUCUUUGCCACUGUGGCGAGACAGUGGACGUAUAUGGUCACCAUAGCCUUGCAUGUGCCAAAAGUGCCGGUCGUUUCUCCCGUCAUGCUUCCCUGAACGGAGUCAUACGUAGGUCUCUUGUCACAGCUAAAGUGCCUGCAGUAUUAGAACCAAAUGGUUUGGCACGUAGCGAUGGCAAGAGACCAGACGGUAUGACUCUGGUUCCGUGGAAACAAGGAAGGUCGCUUGUAUGGGAUGCCACGUGUGUUGAUACACUGGCGUUGUCUCACAUACAGGUGACCUCUGUGGCGGCCGGAACGGCAGCCACUAAGGCAGAAAGGGCCAAGAGGCGCAAAUAUGAAAAUAUAGAAAAUAAUUUUAUAUUUGUGCCUUUUGGAGUGGAGACCAUGGGUUCGUGGGGCGAGGAUGCCAGAUCCUUUUUUAAGGACCUGAGGAGUGCAUAA